AAUCUGCCAAGGAAGUGAAAGCGGCCAAUUUAACGUAAAUUUUGUACGUCCUGAUAAUCAUGAAGAGUAUUCCUUUCCAGGCUGUUAAUGGUCUGUAGUCUACAGGUAAUCAUAGAUAUCUCCGAGAAAGCAGAGAAUAUCAAGAAUGUCGACAGAAAGUGAUGGCUAUGGCGCUUCAGAUACAGGCAGUGCAAUCAGUGCAAGGCGCUAUCCACUGCCCAGAAGAGGACGCUCUAGACCUUCAUCUAAUUCUGAUGUUGCCGGGAGAGUGGAUACUUUGGCCUCCUCUCUAAGGGACACCAACAGAAACUUACAAGAAGUUGGUGAGCUGUUAGGAACAUACAGAAGUGCCAGCACCAAACAGACUAAUGCAAUUGACAGGUUGCGGUCCAACCUAAAUCAACAAGAUUCUCAACUGAGUAGGGAUCGCUCUGACAGAUUCUCAAGACAUGAGUCUGACACAAUGUCAGCGAGUGAAUUAAGAUCGGACUCAAGGCAUAGAAGAUCAGCUUCAGCAUCGCAUGCGAGGAGGACAACAAGGCCUUCUGUAAGAUUCAGUCAAAAUGCUGAUGAGGUUCAUGUGAUCCAUCAGGAUGUUCGUGAUUUGGGCCGGGAUCAGGCCAGACUAGCAGAAGAGCUCAGUCAAGAAAGGAAUCGUCGUAGCCAGGUCGAGUCUGAAAAUAAGAAGAUUCUUCUAGACCUUUCAGACUCUGUGAAGCGGUCACAGUGGCAAGAAAGCAAGCCAUCAGAGAGGGUUGAGAAACGUCUGAAAGAUUUACAGGAAGAGCUGCGGUUGCAACGAGAGUCAGUUUCUAGGAAAUUCAAAGGCACUGAUGACAGGGAUUCCAUCAAAACAGAGAUAAGAGAGACUCUGCUGAACGUUAGCCGGGAGGAAGAUCGCGAGUUGAGAUCAAGGCUGAUCCAGAUGGAAGCUGAGAAGCAGAAGAUGGCUUCGGAGCUGGAGAGUACCAGGAGAAAACUGGACCAAUCUCACGGAAGUUCAUCCGUUCUCCAGCAACAUAUGGAAUCGCUUAGGAAGGACCUUGCUCGCUCAGAUGAAGAUAGACACAAUCUCAAGAGCCAGAUGACGCAGAUGAAGGACUCUUUCCAUGAAGAUGACUUUCCUGUCUUGAGGAGAGAGAGGCAACAUAGGAAUCGUGAAGAUGCAGAUGGUGCGAGAGAAAACGUUGGGUUGGAGAGGGAGAUUCACAGCUUGAGAGCCCAGCUGAGCCAGGCCAGUAGUCUCAGGGAGUAUGAUGAACAGAGGAAAGAACUGGAGAGAAGCAGAAGACAAAAGGAGCAGCUGUCUGAACAUAUCGAUACUCUCAACAAAGAACUUGACGGUAAGGACAGGAGCCAGGGCAAGCUGCUAGCCCAGCUGAAGGAUGCUACAGACAGUCUAGCGGAGAGUGAGCACCAACGUCAGCAAGCCCUGGACCAGCUCCAGGACCUAGAAGAGAGGCAUGGACGGAAGACUAAUGAGAGCGAGGCUAGCAUCAGGAGGGCCAGGGAGAGUGAGAGACUACUCGCAGAGAACCAAGGGAAGACGGAAGAGAGGCAGAGAAAACUACUUGACAUGGUGAAACACUUGAAAUCCAAAUGCAGGAAGCUGGAGAGGGAACAUGAAUCCAGCAGUCACAGCUCAUCUCAACACCAAGAUAGGUCUGAGGAACUACUGAAGGAAAACGAGGCAUUAAAGAUGCACAAAGCAAACAUGAGCCACAGGAUGGAGAACCUGCAACGGGAAAUCGCCGAUAUCCUGGAAAAGCUAGCAAGACAAGAUGAACAGCUUAGAUUAAAGGACAUCGAGGUCAAUGAAAUGAAGUCUUCCUGUCUGAAACUAGACCAAGAACUCCGGGAGAACAGGAAUCUAACAGACAAGUUGGAGGGAGAGUUACGGGGAGAGCAAUCGAGGUUCAUGAUACUCAGCAAUGAAAAGCUCAAAGUAGAGCAGCAGCUAGAUUCAACUAAAGCUACAUUACAUGAUGCUCAAGGGCAGAACCAGAGAACACAGAGAGAGCUGCGCGACAUCACCAGGCAAAAGGCUGAACUGACCACUCAGUUUUCUGAGCUGACCGCUCAGAAGAAGGUGGUAGACAGACAGCUGGACAUUGCUGAGGAGGAGAAGCAAAACAUCAAGCAAGAUCUUAAGAAGCUGGAUAAAAAGUUCCAAGAGGUUCAGGACUACAAUGUAGCUCUCACUGAGAAAUUACAUCGCGAAAUGGAAACAGCCAAGGGCAAUGAAGGGAAAAUUGUUCAAGAUCUGAUGCGGAGAAUGAAAUGUGAGAAAGCCGAGUCAGAAGCAGAGAUCCAAGCUCUCAAAAUUGAAUCAGCAGAGGCGAGAUCAUCCACAAAGUCCCUUCGUCGCCAAGUAGAGAGAGGAAACGGCGAGAUGGAGAAGAUGCGGGGAGAGAUCCGUCACCUUGACGAUGAGAACCUCAAACUAAGGAGAAACUUUGACCGGAUCAGAGCUGGGUUUGAGGAGCAGGCACAGCUGGUGGAAGUAGGGGAUAACAGAUCGUCUGUACUGGAGAAGCAUUUGCAGAGAGCAGAACUAGCCAUUCAGAGCCUCCGAACUGACCAUGACAAUGAUGUCCGUGGUGUGGUCCGAGAGGUAGACGUCCUUGUUGGACUGGUCACUGAGAAUGGCGAUGAUGACCACGCACCCCAACCCUUCUCCAGAUCACAUGGCUCUCCCGAUGCCAUGCUUGCUAAUCUAAAGAACAAACUCUACUGGCUUCAAAAGGAAGUUCGUAAGCAGAGUGACGGGCGUAGCAGGCUUCGAGAGAACCUCAAUCGUAGCAGAUCAGAGCUGACCGAGCUGAGGCAAGAUUACCGGGCCGAUAAGUACACCUACGAGACUCAGUUGGAUAGAACUGAGGAAAUGUUACGAGAUCUACAGUAUGAGAAACAAGAUUUGCAUCUACAGAACCUUGAAAGAGUCCACACGGUCAAAUCGUUGGAGAAGCAAGUAGAUAACAUGGAAGAACAUAUCAGAGAGGGGACUAAGAUUCUGGAUAGGUCAAUUGAACGGCUCUCAGAGCCAGAUCAUUUACCUCCUCCGCCUCACCCCUCCUCCUCCUCCUCCUCUCACUCAGAGUUUGAUAGACUGAGGGACCUUGAUAAAGAAAGGCAGCGCAUUGAGGAGAAAUACAACAGAUACCAGAGCACAGUAGCCCAGCUCCACCAGCAACUAGAUGAAUCCAAGGAUUUGAUAAGUAGCCCACCAUUGCGGAGAGAGCGUAGUAGGUCGGCCAGAGGGCUUGACCAUUGACACUUGUGAAGAAAAUGCCCCAGACCAGAGAUAAGUAGUCCACCAUCGCGGAGAGAGCGUAGUAGAUCAGCCAGAGGGCUUGACCAUUGACACUUGUGAAGAGAGUGCCACAGAUCAGAGAUAAGUAGUCCACCAUCGCGGAAAGAGCGUAGUAGAUCGGCCAGAGGGCUUGACCAUUGACACUUGUGAAGAGAGUGACUCACAUCAGAGGUACAUGUAGUAGAAGUAGUAAGGAUUUGGAAUAUAAGAUAUAACAAAAUUCACAAUGUAAAGAAUGAUAGGCAUAUGAUAAAAGUAACUGCCAUUCCGAUAAACUUCACAUGCAUAUCUACAAAUUUUGUAUGUACGUAAAUACAAAUGUUUAAGAUAAAGUCUGAAAUAUUCUCUCAUGAAUUUUUAAACACUAUGCAAUUUCAAUUUAAAUGUAAAUAAGUAAUUUUCAUUACCAUCUUAAAUACGUCAUCACUGCAGGCAGGGAUACAACAUAUCAAGUCAGGAUUUUGGUAAAUUCUUAUGGCGGUAUAUGCAGUAGUAAAACUUCUCCAAAUAAUACUGUAGAAGUAAAAAAUUAGUUUUGAAAAUGAAAACAUGUACAAAUAGUUGAAUAUUUAAAUUUGAAUUUAAUUUUGUAUGCAAAUUCAGAAUAGAUUGUGUGGAUGAGUAAGCCUUUUGAAGCAAAUACUCAUUCAUAAUGAAUUCAUAGAACCUUGCAAAUAUUUCCCCUUCCAGCUUUUUUGCAAGGAGAGGGAGUAUGUCUACGUUCACAGAAACAAUAUUUCAAGCAAAAUAACGAUAUCUUCAUAAUGAUGCUCCUCAUGCUGUAAGAUAAUAGUUAUUCUCUAUAUUGAAUUCUUUUACAUUCCCCGGGUAUAUACUUCUUCCCCCAUCGAACACUGCGUAAUCACUUUCCUGAUUCAAUAUGGUAUUGUAGAAAGUGUAGACUUUAUGUAAAUUUGUGUGAUUAUCAGCACAGUUGUAUAUUUUAGAUAUUUGAAUGUUAACCUGUCAGGUCAGUUUGAACUUGAAUGCAUCUCAAAUUGUACCCAACUUAAGGUCAUACAAAUAACAGCCUGUCCUACAGUGUAUAUUCUUUUUGCAAUCAUAUUUUUCUUUGUAUUUUAGAGGUUUUUCUAUCUUUUUAUGGUCUUGUAAUGAUACUUUAAAUCUGUUCUUCUUUUAAAUGCAGUAUUUUAAUACAAUAAGGAUGCACAAACAACUAAGAAAAUGAUGAAAUAUGCUAAAGAUAUAUAUAUUUAGAAAUAUUUUUAAAAUAUAAUAAUCACACCUACUCAUACAACAGUAAUUUUCAGUAAUAUUUGUGUAUGUUCAUAUCUACGCAUGGCAUAUAAACAUAGCUAAGUUUUCUCCAAACGAGUCACUGUCUUCCAUGGGUAAAAACCUACUGCCAACAGAGAGACUAGGCUCUUAAUUUGUGACAUAAUGUGGCUUCGUUGAAUCCUAAUGUAGCACAAGUGGCAUCCAUUUUUUAUGUUAGCAAUACUUUUUGAGGAGAAGAAAAAAUAUGAUAAAAUACAGUCAUCAUACAGUGGUCACCUCACUUAAGUCUUCCAGCUGUGCAGAUUUCAGAAUAUUUUUGUUUGUUUUAAUAAUUGAAAUAUACUUGCCAAUUUUAACACUGCACCAGAAACACUUGUUAUUAAAAUACAGUGCUUUGCUUUUUAUAUGAACCCUUUCUUUUAAAAAUUAGCUGCCUUAUUCUUUCAUUUGUCAAAUGCCAUCGCAAGGAAGUGAUAUUUGUACAAAAAAUGGUAUGCAUUAGUAAUAUUGAUGUAUAUUUGUCCCUUAUUUGUUAGUUUAACAAUGAGUAAAUAAAACGUCCAAGUUGUUGCUUGUCAAAAUAUUAUCAUAGCAUUGCCGAUAAGAAAACUAUUUAAUGCAAAAAUAUUUGCAAAUGAAAUAACAUUCAUAUUUCAGGACAAAGUAACAGUAUUUCUGUCAUGGAUUACAAAUUAGGAAUUCAUGGCAGUGUAGUAAUGAAAAAAGUCAGCCAGUAAAUUUUUCACUUUUAUAUGUUGUAUUACAUCUGAGCUUCCAGGGUAUUGUAAUUAUUGUCAUUAUUCAGUAUUCACACAUUAUUCUAUAUCAUACUGUUACCACCGAUCUAUGCAGAUGCAAUACGUAUGACGGACAGUAAAAGUCAAGUUAUCUAAUCUAUUGCUUCCCUGUGUAAUUAAACAUGUUACUAUACCAUUGUAUUUAAAAAAGAAAGGGCAGUUUAUCUUCAUAACUGUAAGCAUGUGUAUGAUAUACAUGUACAGUUCAGUAAAUUGUAAAUUGUGAUUUUGAAACGGUGAACUUUAAACAAAAUCUAUCCUAGUAUAGUGAUGUUAAAUAGUUUCUGCAAUGUCUGUUGUUACUUUAUGUGUAUACAUGUGUGUUUAAUGCAAUAUUCAAUUCAAUCUUUUAUAAUAUAGAUGGCAAUCAACUGUUCUUAUUUAUUUUCUGAUAUUGCAUACCAAGUUACCUGUAUUUUCUCUGGUACGUUGGUGUUUUAAAUCUGUUGAUAUUUGUGAACUAUAGUAUUGGAAGCUGUUUAUGAAGAGUAUUUAUAUUGAUUCUUCUCCUACUUCCAUGCCCAGAUUUUGACUGCUUUUGGCAAUCUUGAGUGUGCUAUUCCUGUAGUUAAUGACAUAACCUUCAUUUUCACAGUAUUCUAUUUGUAUAUGAAUCUGGAAUCUAGUAAGAUUGGGUAGUUAUGUGGUAAAGGUAUUUUUCCAGUAUUGACUGUAACAGUAUUGAAUUAAUUAUAUCAUUUUUCUGUACCAUUUUCUUUCUUUCUCUCUCUCUCUCUCUGACUAUAUAUAUAUUUAUGUACACCCCCAAAAAAUACAACAAAUGAUGAUGCUCCGUACACAGAAAAAUUGUUUUACAAAUUUUUCGCCCUUAGAGCUUUGUCAAGUAAUGACUUUGCUUGACUUUGAAAAUAUUAUUGUUAUGUGUCAAAAUAAAAUGCGCCAAGGCACAACGAGAGGGAACACAAAUAAUUAUGUCACAAAGAAAUAGGAAGGCAAGCAAGUAAGAAAAAAAUGAAGGGAAGUGUUAUGACGUAAUAAUACGUCAUACAAAAACUAAAGAAAGAAAAAGAGGGAAAGCAAAGGAUAUAUAUAUAUAUAUAUAUAUAUCUUUCUCUCUCUCUCUCUCUCUCCUUCUCCCCUAUCUCUUCCACUUUCUGUAAAAUAAAUGGUUGAAGGCAAUUCAGUUUGCUGUGUCUUGGGUGUCGGUUUAUUAAUAUUUGUUCUGGUUAAUCUCUAAUAGAAUUUUUUGAAGUAUCGGUACUUAGAGGGGAUAUAUUCAAGAAACUCAAUAUUUUUCUUAAUAAUGAACAUCUCAAUUCUGUGUUGCAGAAUUAAGCAGCUUACAACUUUGGAUGAUUUUUUUUUCACCUGUAUUUAAUCAAAACAUUUAACAAAAUUAUUGUUGGUCUUUAAGAGGUUGUUAGAAUGGAUUUAGAAUAUUAAACAUGGAAAUCAAUUUAACUAUAACUAAAUUGUUAAAAAUGAAUGUGAUUCUUUGGAGGGCUGAAUUUAAAUGAACUGUUAACCCUGCAUAACUCAAAGUCGCCUAAGUCAAAUUAACCCUAAAGCAAAUCAAUUUUUUGACCAAACAACGCAAAACACAUUAUUUACACUUCCAAAGUUUUGCAGAGACAACUGUAUAUCAUUUUUAGCUCUUUUAAAGCUAGGUAAGAUAUUUUCAGAUGUAUUAACCUGCCAUAUGUGGUCCUUAUCACCUUCAUGUACAUACCUAUCAAUAUGUUUUUAAAAUGUGAAAUAUGUGUAAAUGAAGAGAUGCUUAGAAUUGUACAUUUUUAUGCCUUUGUAACAUAUUUCUGAGACUGUAAAUAAUCUUUGAGAGACGAGUUUUGACUUAUAAAUACUUGAAUUUUGUAAAAAUA